AUGCGACUCUAUCUCCUACAAGCGUCUGCAACACUCCUGUGAGUUGAGACUGGGACGUUCGAACGCCUAACCUUUCCUAAGAUCAUUUGCCGCAAACGAUGGUGCGGGCGAUGGAGGAUAGGGCACAUGGUGUCUUCGGACCGGGGGGUUUGGCCGGUUGGAAUAUCAGUACUGAGGGCUUGCUAGGAUUGAUUACCGAGGCCCGAAGAAUCACGCAAACACGGUGUGCAGCGAGUUAUGUCAGCAAUGCGGAAAUUUAGUUGCUAACUUUGUCAUUGGCCGAGUACGAAUGCAGUCACUGGCGUGGACUCGUAUACGGUUGCUAGCAGUCCUGGAAACGUCUGAAGUUCGAAUAUGCGCAUCUACCGGGAAAUGACUGCCUCGAAGGGAGUCGGACAUACCGGUGACGACAAUUUUUGAUGAAGUUGAACUACGAAGUCGUGGCCACGGUAGUCGGGUGAACGACACCCAACUACAUUGACAACCGUCUGUUUCCUGAUCAUGCGAGCCGGGAGCAGAAAUCGGCAAGUCCGUAGAUCGAGCUGGUAGGUAGGCAGGCUGGAGAGCAUUGCUUUUUCAUAAAGACUGACGAAAGCGACGCAGGACAUCUCAGACAAAAUAGUGAUGGAGAACUCGUUAUCAGUUACUUCCGUGUGAGAUUCUGUCGGUCCCCUCGAAAUCAUACGUUUCGUCUGAAUCCGAAGAUCAAACCCUUACAUAAAGAAUGCAAGUGUUCAAUUUGGCUUUGUAGCACAUGCCAAAAGGCUAGUCUUCGAAAUGCUGGUUGCAGACUUCAUGAGAAAUGCCGUCAUGGAUAAAGCUGCGAGCAAUAGCCAGAUUUUCACCGCAGAAGCAAAGUGUCCCAGUCGUCCAAUACGCUAUUUUUGGCAGAUUUGAGUAAUUUGACUCAAUUUAGACAUACUCAGUCGCGUUGGUGGGACUCGAGCCCACGAUGGCAUUGGCAAGGCCUUAAUACAGCCAACACUCUCUGCCCCUAUGAUACAAAUAUCCGGCCGAUGCUGUGAGUUUAAUCACAUAUAAGCCAAGUUACACGUGUUAAAACGUUGGCAGCUCACUUCUUUCGUGGACUUGACGAAAGCCCUCGGCACGGUAAAUCACUAUGGGCUGUGGAAAAUCAUGCAGAAAUUAGGCUGGCCUGAAGGAUUCACAAAUAUGGUGCAUCGGCUCCACAGCGGAAUGGUGGCGCACAUCAUGGACAAGGGGACCAUGCCAGAAGCAUUUGCGUUAACCAACGGAGUGAGACAGGGCUGCGUACUCGCCCCAACCCUAUUCAGCCUAAUCUUUCCUGCCACGCUGAUGGAAGCCUACAGUGAUGAGCGCCUCGGGAUCCGCACCGCCUGCAUGGCCGACGCCCAUCUUCCCAACAGUCAGCACAUGCAGGCCUCAACUCGCCUCUCUAAGACUAUUAUCCACAACCUAAUCUCCGUUGGCGACUGCGCACUUCACACCGAGACAGAAGCUGACAUGCAACGGGGCAUGGAACUCUUAACCCUCGGACACCUUGAAGGAUCCCGUAAAGCAACUAAAUUUCAAUCCCAUUUCUUGAGAAGACUCCGCACAGAACCAGCCGGUCUGGAGAACAGUAAAGGUUGAAGCAGCCAUGUACAGAGCCAACCGGAUCGUAACUGCCAAAGCCAAAAUGAAGGCUCGCAAUUAGGCACGCCUGACCCGUAACGCCAACUCCCAACCCCUCCUAACACGCCCGCGCUGUUGGCGAACAUUUCGCGCGCGCGGACCGGCCUUAUCGGACGUCCGCGGACUCAAUGCACCAGCCCGACAACCUCAACCGCUGCCCCUUCUAAAGCCGCUGCUCCAAGUCCACGGCGUCCACUACAACGACCGCCCUCACCGCCGAUGCUCAACACCCCUGGGCUCCCGCCGUUGGCCACCUCUAUCUCUAUCAUUUCUGCCACAACCUCCACGGCGGCGAUGCAACCACCCCGGCUCGCCCUCCCACCACCGAACAAAACUCCCCCAAGGGCCCGACGACCACCACCCUCACCAUUACCACCCCCAUCUCCAGCGAUGUGGACUCGGUCCUAACCUAUCCUCUUGCGAUCGCACACUCACCUGACGCAUAG